AUCAGUGCCCUGAUGAUCAGUGCCCAGCAGUGCUGCCCACCUGUGCCACCCACCUGUGCCCUGCAGUGCCACCCACCUGUGCCACCCACCUGUGCCCCGCAGUGCCACCCAACUGUGCCCAUCAGUGCCACCCACCUUGCCACCCACCUGUGCCCAUCAGUGAUGCCCAUCAGGGUCAUCUAUCAAUGCCACCUAUCAGUGCCUCCUAUCAGUGCCCAUCAGUGCUGCCUAUCCGUGCCACCUCAUCAGUGCCCAUCAUUGCUGCCUAUCUGUGUUCAUCAGUGCUGCCUCAUCAACGCACAU